ACGCCAUCUUUACAGUCGAAGCGUGUGCCGGGUUUCGUUGGUGUUGCGUGGCGAACUAUAUAUUUGCGUAGAAACUGUCGAUUGCAUUUUGAGUGAUCUCUUGCAUGAUGGCUGAAUCACCAGGCAGCAACACUGAAGACAUGCAGUUUGGCAGUGAAGGAGAUGCCAACUCAGUUGACUCAUUUGAGAAGCAGCUGCAACAACAAGAACUUGAACUGCAGUCUCAACUGCGGGAGCAAGAGCUAGAACUGGAAGCAAAGAAAGCUGCAGCUGUUGCAGCCUUCACAGCUGAAGCUAUGCAAGAGUCUGAAGAAGCCAAUUCUGAAGAUGUUCCAAAGCCUGUGAUGGCUCCCACCGGUGUGCCUGAGCCUGUUGCUGCUCCUCAGAACUGGCCGGACAUUAACACCAAUGGCAGCAUGCAAGAGUCAGACGUAGCUGAAGUAUCUAUGGAGGAGGCGACAUCUGGAGGAGAGGAACAGGCAGACACCCAGAACAGCAGGAGUGCUGAUGAGUCUGAGGGCACUGCUGUGGUGGUGGGUGUGAAGAGGUCUUCACCUUGCACUGAGGAGACUAAUGAGGAAGACAAAAGCAAUGCAGAAGCUGAUGAAGAGGAGAAGCAAAGAGCCGCUAAGCAGAGGAAGAUUGACGAGUUCACCAAGCUUUGGAAUGCUGCUACUGAGAACCCUAAAGACUUCCAAGCUUGGACCAACUUGCUCCAGCACGUGGACCAGCAGAGCGACCUGGAGUGUGGACGUCAAUCAUACACAGCCUUCUUUGCCCGGUAUCCCUAUUGCUAUGGCUACUGGAAGAAAUAUGCUGACCUGGAGAAGAGGAAAGGCACCAAAGAAACCACAAUGCAGGUGUUUGAGGAUGGUCUUGCUGCUAUCCCUCUGAGCGUUGACCUGUGGGUGCACUACCUUGACUACGUCACACACAACUAUAAUGAACCUCAGGACGAGCACUUCGUGCGACUGCAGUUUGACAGAGCUGUAGAAGCUUGUGGCAUGGAGUUCAGAUCUGAUAAGAUGUGGGAUGCUUUCAUCAACUGGGAGAGCAGCAACAAGCGUUGGCUGAGGGUGACGUGUGUAUACGAUCGUCUACUAGCUAUGCCUGUGUCCAAAUACCUCACCCAUUGGACCAAGUUCCAAGACCACAUUCGCAAGCACCCCGCAAACGAGGUGAUUCCAGCUGAGGAGUACCACACUCACAAGCGCAGCCUGCGUGUGCCUUCUGAGACCAAUGCUGAUGGAGAAGACGCUACUGCCGCUGCUGCUCCUGAAGACGAUGGGAUUGAGGCUCCUCCGGGUGUAGAAGAUGAUGGCCUUGCCUCAGCUGAUGCUGAUGAGACUACGAUCUCCAAUGAACCUCCUGCUAAUGAAGAAGAAAACAAAAGCAUACAGCAACUGAUCAUCAAGGCCCGUGAGGUCUUACACGAGAAGAGCACUGCUGAGGUGAAGAAGCGCUGGAGUUAUGAAGAUGCUAUCAAGCGACCUUAUUUCCAUGUGAAGCCUCUUGAGCGCUCUCAACUUCAGGCUUGGCGGGAUUACCUUCACUUUGAAAUAAAGCAAGGCAAUGAGAAGCGUAUCAAGACUCUCUUUGAAAGAUGCCUUAUUGCUGCUGCUCUCUAUGAAGAGUUCUGGAUGAGGUACCUGCAUUACCUGGAGGGUCAGGAGACCACAACUCCCGAGGAGCUUAGAAGCGUCUACGAGCGCGCCUGCAACAUCCACCUGAAGGACAAGCUUAAGCCUCAUCUCAGCUGGGCGACUUUCGAAGAAGAAUCUGGUAACGUGAAUCGAGCCCUGGAACUGCUGUCAGAUCUACAGGCCAAUUUGCCAGACGCUCUUGAACCUCACCUUCAGGCCGUCGCUGUUGAGCGUCGAAGAGGAGAUCUUGAGAAAGCUGAUAUGCUUUUCAACUUCAGUCUUGAUAUAUUCAGAAGCAAAGAAAAAGGCCUGUCGCUGUCGUAUGCCAAUUUACUGGUGAAAUAUGCUCGUUUUCUGACACUAUUUCGCGAGAACAGCGCUAAAGGAACUGAGCUGCUCAAAGCUGAGUUGGAGGAGCACAUCAAAGGUGAAACAAAACCCGCUGAAAAUGACCACCAGAGUCUGGAAAUGAUCGUGUGGGCACUGGUGGAGCAGGCUAUGGCCUGUACUCCUCCGAACUUCUUAGUGGCAGCUGAGGCUCUAAAAACUGGUUUCUCAUCUAUCUUCCAACCACGUACCAGGGUCGCCUUCGCACACAGAUAUCUUCAGUUUGUGUCCGAAUGCGGGCAUCCCGGUGUAAGCUUGAGCCAGGCAUCUAAAAUCGUCCGAGAAUUGAAACUAGAACUGCGUCAGCAAGGCAUGACUGCUGAAGAGAAUGCCGAGGAUUCCCAGAUGGAGAAACCUGAUCAAUCUGAUCACUCCAGCAGCUCUGACCACCGUCGCGAUAAGCGGAACAAGUCGUACUCACAGAGCAGUGACAAGCAUUACUCACAAGGCGGUCACUCGGGUGGUCAUCAGCACAACGGUAACGUCGGUGGUGGAGGCUUCAAUCAAGGUCUGGGUGGUGGCAUUAAUAAUUAUACCCAAUAUCCUCCCCCCAAUGCCGUUGGAGGCAUUGGAGCUCCUCCACCACAUCAGCCUCCUCCUCAACACCCACCUCCACAAUCUCAGCCAGGUGGCUACGGUGGUGGAUACAACCAGAACUACCAGCAGUCUGGAUAUCCUCCUCAGCAACAGUACCAGGGUUGGGGUUACCCUCCUCAGCAGCAGCAACAAGGCUAUGGCUACAACCAGCAAGGAUGGGGCGGCUAUCCUAAUUACUACGGUCAAAGAUAGGCUCAAAAAAUCGUUUAUCGUCCUAGGAAGUUUCAUUGGCCGUAAUUACCUUCCUUUCGAGUGUCAUUAAUGUAUUCGCCUAAUUUCGUUACAUUUAAUUGGAGGUGCAUUUUAAUUACUUUCAGCAAGAUAUUGUGUGAAUAGUAUGUCACUUGAAUAGGUUUCAUGUGUCUGCACUUGUAUGUAUUCUUGAACAAUGUCGUUCUCAAGCUACAUUUUUGUAUUGUAAUGCUAUGUUCCAACCGUUUGACGUUUUGUGAUACGUGUAGAGCGAAGGCUUCUGCUAAUAUAUCUUGAUAAUAAUGCUGGUAAUUUGAAUCUAAUUGUGUUGAAUUGUUAGGGUGAGUCAUUUUCCAAUUGUAAUGGAAAGCUGUCAGUCGUUCGAUCUUUUGUGAAAUCUCUCAAAAUUCAAGUUUCAUGUAGCCCAUUUUCAACUAUCACUUGCCUCACAGUUCUUGCAUUCCAAUCUUAUUUGUUUGUGGAAACAAGUCUCGCCUCUCCCUGCGCAUAUCUUGAGUUGGUAGUUACCUACUCGAUUAGCUAAAAGUGUACUUCUAAAAUGUCUAUGAAUUUCUGUCAAUCA